AUGGCUUCUGCAGGCAUUGUGAACAUCCGUCGUGAUGUCGACGACAAAUUCUACCGCUACCGCAUGCCCCUUCUGACCACCAAGAUCGAGGGCAAAGGAAACGGCAUCAAGACGGUCAUCCCCAACAUGUCUGAUGUCGCGCGCGCCCUCAGCCGUCCCCCGACAUACACAACCAAGUUCUUCGGUUGCGAACUCGGAGCGCAAACGUCCUUUGACGAGAGGAACGACCGCUACAUCGUCAACGGCGCCCAUGAUGCCAACCGUCUUCGCGAGCUCCUGGACAUCUUCAUCGACAAAUUUGUGCUCUGCAAAGCGUGCAAGAACCCCGAGACUGAGCUCGUCAUCCUGAAAGUCGGGCGGUCGGAAGACAUCAUACGCGACUGCAAAGCGUGUGGCGAGCGCACGGGGGUCGACAUGCGGCACAAGCUGACGACGUUCAUCGUCAAGAAUCCGCCUGUGAAGAGCAAGAAGUCGAAGAAGGGAGGCGCGGGUGGGGGGGCUGCUGACGGUGUUGGCGGCAACGGGGUGUCUCCUGUCCACAACGGCGGCGAGCACGCCGAAGGCGAAGGCACGCCUGACGGAGCCGAAAGUGACGACGAGUUGAGCAGGCGCAUCAAGGCUGAAGCAGCGGAGCUCAAUGACGACGCUGCGCUUGCCAAGGAGGAUUGGUCUGCCGACACAUCUCCUGAAGCCGUCAGAGCCCGUCAGGCACUCGAGGCGGGCGUCGCGAGUCUUGUGCUUGGGGGUGCCGACGAUGAUGCAAGCGACGAAGACGUCAACAGUCCGUACUCACAGCUCGGCCGGUGGAUUGGAGAAAACAAAGAUGACGAUACCAAAGCCUUCAGUAUCGCGGUGUACAAGAAGGCGGGGGAGCUUGGGAUCGAGAAGAAGCACAAAACGGUCUUUGUCGUCGUACAAGCCCUAUUUGACGCCGAUAUCGUGGCUCAGAUCCCGAAAUACACUGCGUUGCUUGCCAAGAUGGUGACGUCUGAAAAGCAUCAGAAGGCACUACUUGGAGGUGUAGAGCGCCUCGUCGGCAUCUCGCAUCCCGAGAUGAUUGCCAACGCGGGCGUGCCCAAAAUCCUCAUGGCUCUAUACCAGGCCGAUGUCCUCGACGAAGAAGUCAUCACGCAAUGGGGGACACAUGUGAGUAAAAAGUACGUAGACAAGGAUACGAGCAAGAGAGUAAGGAAGGCUAGCGAACCUUUCCUCAAGUGGCUCGAGGAGGCUGAUGAUGAUGAAGAGGAUGAGUAG